AUGUUCUGGUUUUUGAUUUAUUCGUUUCCCUUUAUUCUUUCUACUACUGUCAUUCUUAGAAUCUUUCCUAGUCUUCGAAAUGCCGAAGAAUAUAAAAGGGAUGAGAAGAAUAAUGAUGGAAAAGCUUAUGGAACAAUUGUUGGUAGAAAUGGGAAGUCUUUGGUUCAUGUUCACUCUGUUAGACGAAGAAGAGCAAAAGAUAUUAGGAGAGAAGAUGAUUGCUCACAAAACAAUGUGGAUGAGAAAAGUACUAUUUUCUCAACGAGUGUCAAUUAUGAUUUGGUCGACAAAAGUGCCUUGGCAGAAGAAUGCCCAAAAGAAAUUCGGGAGGUGGAGGUCGAUUCUUCAUCUAAUCCCUCCCAAUGUUCCUACUCGUGUAUGUCUAAAAGUCUAAAACCAGAAUUUUGUAAUGGCUCCUACGGAAGGUCUGAAAAAUUUAACUUUGGUGGAAGUGAAAUAGGAACUUCAGAGGACUCUGAAGAUGAAGAGGAGGCAAGAGAGACUGGUAAUAAAGCUGUUGAAUGGACUUUGGAUGAUCAAAAGAAUCUCAUGGAUCUUGGAAUUUCAGAGAUUGAAAGGAAUAAAAGAUUGGAGAGUCUAAUUGCUAGACGGAAAGCAAGGAAAUUGCUCAGCCUUCAGGUUAGAAGGACACUGAGGAACAUGAAGAUCAACGAACCUGCGGAUCAAAUUGCUCAUAUUACUAUACCUAAAAACAAUCUUCUUCCGAAUAACAUUGGUCUGUUUUCACCUGGUCCAGGCUCGGCUCCUUCUGUUUUAAUACCUAUGCGCAAUCCUUUCGAUCUUCCUUAUGAUCCAUGUGAGGAAAAACCUGAUCUCACGGGGGACAGUUUCAAUCAAGAGUUUAUGGCAGUUCAGAACAUGGACGUAAUGUUCUGCAGGCAUGAGAGUUUCAGUUUAGGGGCAUCCUUACCCAGGGAAUUCGUGCAAGAUUGUGCAGCAACCUCUGCGUGUCAUAACGUUGGAUUGAGACAGAGAGCUUCCAAAGGAAUUGCAUGUUCCAAACCAGGAAGCAAAUUAGAGAGCAAAUUCAUUGGGAUAGUAGAGCCAGAACAAUUUCAAGAACCUGAGUCUAAGACAAAGGUUGACAGUGUAGAUGAUCAGAUCAAAGAAGUCAUCCAAGUAUGUGAGCAGGGACUUGAACAUCACAAUGAAGAAGAUAAUGUUGAAGUGCAGACAAAACCAAUUCCGAUUGAAGAUGUCAAUGUCAGGCCAAGCUCAUCUUCCUCCUCAGAAGAGGAUGAACCAUUCUAUAAGAUAGACAAAAAUGAAGUAUUGAAAUCUAUUGCUUCUCCAGCUACAAGGAUCAUUGCUGAAGAUAGGGAGAAUAAUGGCCAAACAGGUGACCAUUCAAAUCACGAUGCUCCUCAUUUUGCGAAGACCAGAUCAGAGGAGCACUUUAAUUAUGCUAAUAAGACUCAGCACUAUCACGCUCGUGCCCUUUCCAUUGCAUCUGACUUGCAAGUAGAGUUUUCAGAAGUAAGUUCUCCUCAAAUGCAUGAUGAAAACUUAUCAUCUCAGGAUGAAGAAAUUUCAAUAUAUGAUGUGGACUUGGAUAAGGAGAUUAUCUCGAGUAGUGAAGACUUGUGGGCAGCGUCAUCUCACCUAUCUGCAAUAGAUGAAAAUGAAUCAAGAUCAAGAGAAGUGCAUGAAAUCGGUGAUAAAGAUAUCAUAGAGUUUGGAUUUUCAAAAAUUAACAAGUCUGAGGAUAAGACACUGUCAAACACACUGGCAGAAAAAGUCACUGAACAAAAUUCUAUAGGUGCACAUUCAUUUUCGCCUCCUAAGACUGACUUUCCCAACAGCUGUCAAGGCCAUACCGACUUCAGUGCAAAGAUUCAUGGAGAACUGCAGAGCUGUUUAGUUUCUGCACAGGAUGAUAAAGGGAACCAGUUAGAAAAGUCUUUGAUGAUUGAUUCAGAUUCAGCUGAACACAUUGGAAGUCAAUCUGAGAAACAGGAUAAGUGUCGUCACAUGUUAGAAUCCACAGGUUCAGUAUCUGAUAACCGAAUAUCUUCUGAAGAUUCUGACAACAGAUUUAAAAAAGUGAUUGAACAUGAAGAGCUGGUGGCUACUUCAACACAUUUUGAGGAUCAUAACAGUCUUGAAUUACUUCAACGUACUGAAGAUGAACCACAUUCUUCUGAAGUUGGAACUUCUGGGGCUUCUCUGGACUCUGAUGAUCCCCAAGCAUCUGUAUCACCAACGAAUGAACAAAUUCCAGCUGCCCCAAGUCCAUGCUCAUCCCCCCAAUCUGUACUACAACAAAACUUUUCCGUGGAUAACCUAUCAGAAUUUCAGCAAAAUAUCCAAAUGGAGGUUGGGCAGUUUGACAUAGCUGUAGAAAACAACAUGCCGUAUGAACUUAGAACUGAAGUUUCCAGUGAAAUUUUGUCCCAAAAUUCAAUGCCUUUGGAGGAUUCAAAUCACCCACAUAACGGUGCAGAUAUCGAACAGAAAUCUUCCCAUCAUCAAGAGAAGUCUACUGAAGAAGUUGAUGCACAUAUAGAUAUUGAUGGAUCAACUAAUUACGAGGAUCAAACGCAAAACUUGGUAUCAUGUGAAGAUACUGGACAUGAGAGCCAGUUGAAUUAUCCGAUGGAUCAUGAAGAAUGCAGCAAAGCUACAACUUCAGAAAGUUAUGAAGCGACCAAAUUUGAGCUUCAAAAAUUUGCUGAUGACAGAACUCCUCUUUCCUCGUCAAUAUUAGUGGAAGAGAAUGGUAACUCGGGGACCCACAAAAAUUCUGAAGAGGAUGAAGAAGCUAUACACCAUGCAAACACACACGGUUCAACGCUAGGCAAUGCAGUCAAAUUAGAAAUUAGUACUAGUAAUGGAGAAAACCAUGAUGAAACUAUCCUAUUACGUGUUCCAAAAGAGAAAAACGAUUCGGAAAAUUCUAUGACUUGCAUUACGACAGAGGAACCAACAAAUUCUUCAUCGAGAAGCAUUGAAGAAUCCACAAGCGUUUGCAUAGUGAACAAGACAGUAACUAACAAGAUAAAUGAAUGCGACCCAGAGCGUACGUCUGGUGGAGUUGAAGAAGAAUCAGAAAGAUAA